GCGGGUUUGAACUUUGAUUCGCCCUAUCUUCAGCAGCAUGGCGGUGUCGGCGUCGGGCCUCCAAUGGUACAUCAACGUGGAAGCAUGGACCCCAUCUCCAGACGAAUGGAACUCUCUCCUCAAACGUCUCCCUUUGGACGAGCAACAAGCGGUUAUGCGGUAUCGAUUCCCAAAAGAUCAGAAGUUUGCGCUCUGCAGUCGCCUGCUCCAACGCAAAGUCGUCACAGACACGUUCCACGUUCCGUUUGCUUCCGUUUCCAUCGUCCGUAGCGACCACGGCAAGCCUUCAUGGCCUGCAUGUCCGAUCCCCACGUGGAACUACAACGUGUCCCACCACGGAGCGAUCUGUGCCAUCGCAUGCCAAUCGGACCGACGCAUUGGCAUCGACGUGGUGCGCGUGGAGCUGCCGAGGGAGCCCGUGGUCGACUUCUUCGCUUGCUUUGACGCGCAAUUUGGUCCUCGCGAAUGGAAGUACAUCCGCACUCCGAGGUACAAUGACAUGGAGAGGAUCCGUCGGUUCUACAUUCUCUGGAGCUUAAAGGAAGCGUACACGAAGGCGCUUGGGGUGGGUAUUGUGAUCGACCUCCAGCGCCAGGAGUUCGACAUCACACACGACACGAUCACGUUGUUCGUGGACAACCAGCACGCGCCUGCGUGGCACUUCCGCAUUACUCCGCUGGACGACACGCAUUACGUGUCGAUCGCGGCAGAAGGGGCCAUGGUGGAAGGUCUGUCCUGGACGAGCCUCGAUCCGGCGUCGGCGUUCUCCAUCUAGUACUUCGGGCCCAUCAUGACGAUCUCAACAACGUCGAACGCGCUACAUUCAUGGAACAAGGCGUCAACCAACAUGCGAGGAAGGAAAUGUUCUACAUUCCACGCUAGUAAUACUAGUACACUGUUCGUAGUACUACUAGUAACUGCCAUCGUUGUUGCCGCGAAGUCGAUUUAUUUAAUAUCCUAUAUAUCCAGAUAAAUAUGUAA